ACCAUCUCCAUCGCUUUCAAUCCAUCCUUCCGAGUUGACGACCUCCUCCCUGAUUCGAUUAUAAUAUCCUCCAAUCACGUCUACUUUUACGUCCAUCGACAUCGCAUCCUCAACAUUUCCUCCAACGCUUUCCUCGGUCAAUUCCUCCACGGAGGCCCAUCCAUCACCGGCCUGCUUCUGUCGGUUCACAUACCCGAGGGCGGAGACGUCGCCAACGUGCUUCUCCAUACCAUGUACGGUCUUUCCUGUCUGCACUUCUAUCCCUCCCUCGAGACCGUGGACCGCUCUCUCGAAGCCAUGAAAAAAUAUGGAGUAUCCAUCGCAGCACACGCCACGCCCCAGUAUCCACUCUACCACCUCAUCCUCUCGCACGCUCCUCAUCGCCCGGUCGAGACGUACGCCCUCGCCGGCCACUACGGGCUCGAGGAUCUCGCAAUCACCAUCUCAAGCCAUCUUCUGUCCUACGACACCUCCCGUCUCACCGACGACAUCGUCACCAAGAUGGGCCCCGUCUACCUCAAGCGGCUCUUUCUCUUACACCAGUCUCGCUUACACGCCCUCCGAGACAUCCUCCUCCAACCUCCCGCCUCCCACCCCGCCACUCCUGGUUGCGCCGACGACGAGCGGGCAAAGCUCACCCGAGCUUGGGCGUUGGCCACUGCGCGGAUGGUGUGGGACGCCACGCCCAGUAUCUCCACAGCUACUCUUAGAACGUACCUUGAACCUAUUGGGGAGUCUAUUACGUGCGAAUCAUGCAGGGAUAUGCUACUUCAGCGCAUACAGGAUGUGGUUAAUUCUUGGACUUUAGUCAAGGUACGUGACGCUCCUCUUCGACGGUGGUCCGGUCAUAUUACUCACUGCUGCACUUCAUAG